AUAGUAAAUUGAAAAGUGAAAUAUCAACAACGGUCAAUAAGCUUAAUACAAUCUACGCAUAUACAUAUAAAUAUCAAAGUAAGCAUCAUGUCAGACGUCGAGGAGAAAAAAAUUGAAGCAAAGGCUGAAGUCAAAGAAGUCAAAGAAGUCAAAAAUAAGGAAGAAGAGGAAGAAGAACAAGAAGAAAGCAAGAAGAGAUCUUCCGAUAGCAAGGAUAAGAAGCAUAAAAAGAGAAGAAGAAGACAAUAUGAUGAUGAUUUACCUAAAGAAGAAGAAGAAGAAGAAGAACAAAAGGCUGCUACUGGUACUAUAGGAGAUGAAGAUGAUGAAGAUGAUGAAGAAGAAGACGAUGAUUUUAAGGGAGAAGAAGAAGACGAGGAAGAUGAUGAUGAAGAUGAUAAUGGAUUAGAUGCUAUUGAUACAACUAAUAUAAUUACCUCAGGUCGUAGAACUAGAGGUAAAGUAAUUGACUUUAAUAAGGCAGCUGCUGAUUUGGCUAAAGAGCAAGGUGUUAUUGUUGAAGAGGAUGAAGAUGACGAAGAAGAAUUUGUUGAUGGUAAAUGAUGCUUACAGAUUAUAAUAUAUAGGCUAAUUGAACGAAUAUAAAAGAAUGUAUAUUAAUUUAAGAGAUACACCGUCCAAAAAAAGACACGUGAAUCCCCAAUAGAGGACUGAACAGAUAGUUUAUAUUGAACAACUGCAGUGAGAAUUUUUGUUUGUAUUCUUUUUGAAUUUUAUCAGUUAC